AUGUUCUCAGAUUACCGCAACUGUACCUCGGUCUCCUGUGGACCAUUAGUGGACUGUACCAGCGAUGAAGGCUGUGCCUGCAUUCCAGGAUACGAGGUAUCUGCGAAUUCCCUGCAAAAUCCAGAGUCUCUUUGUCAUGAUGUGGAUGAGUGUGCCCAAAACUCAUGUGGCGCCAACACAGAUUGCGACAACACUGUGGGAAGCUUCUACUGCUUCUGCAAGGAAGGGUACAUUUCCUCUACUGGAUUGAUCUGGGAGUCUGGGAAUACUGUGUGCCAAAGUACAGAGGAAUUUCUUGCCUCUCUAACUCCUCCAGAGGGCCAGUCACCUGAGAUGUUCUUCCUAAACCUAAUCAACAAGGAUUUGGAGGACAACCCUGAUCUUGUUAUGCCUGAGAAGACAGUAGCUGCUGUCCUGAGCACGAUCCUCUCUGUCGUGGGCAUCAUGGAGGCAAAAGAUGGCGACUCAGAGACAGCCAACAUCGUCCUGAAAAUCUUAGAGGGGCUGGUGUCCACCCUUGUUGAUCCCAAAUUUCAGGAAAAUAAUACAGUGACUCAGAAAACUGUGAACACAACAGCUGUAGGUAGGAGUCAGUGGAUGUCUAUAUAGCAUUUUUAG